UAUUUUAGUUGAUACUCGAUACAUGAAUUGUGACGUGACAGUUGACACUGUUAAAAACUUCACUGUGAAAAAGUAAACAGAUACUUGUAAACAAUGGCUAGUAUAACUAUAGAGAAAACUAAAUACGAGUGUGCACAGCUUCCUAAACGCUGGCAAAGAGAAGAUGUCCUACGUAAAACUGGUUUAACUGUGGGAAAAGUGGACUUGUACUACAACCGUGGUGUCAGAAAUGAUGGCUCAUUAGUGCCCCCAAUCAGACAAACGGCCAGCAUAUUCAAACAACCAGUGACAGUAUAUAAAACCCAAGAAGGUAAAGUAAAGAGUGACUACAAAAAUGGAAACCAAGAGAAACCCAAACAGCUUAUGUGGGAGAAACGACUCGAAGGAUUGAGAGCUUGUGACAUCGAUGGCUUCGAGUUCGAUGCUAUGGAACUUCCCAAGGGCCUGAAAGCUGUGGGCCCUAACGUUAACGAGGAUACUAUUAUACAGAGUGUAGCAACAGCGUUGCAUGUUUCUUCGCAGCCAGUAACAGGUCAGACUGGCACGAAAACAUUACUAGAGAAGAACCCUGGAGUGUUUUUAGACCCGAAGCAGCCAUUGGUACAUGCUGUUAAUGUGUCGGAGGAAGAUAUCAAGAGACAAGAGGAUAGGGUGGCCCUUGCCAGGAAGAAAUUGCAGGAAGCUUUGAGAAUGUAGAUUUUAUAGUGAUUCUGGUUUCUGUUCUGUGAUAUCUAAGUGCAGACAUGUUUGACUUCAUUUCAGUUUGCUAGAAGUUCACAUAUUUUGAUAAUUGACCGGUAAAUUUUUGUUUUAAGGUAUUACAUUUUUUUUAAUAAGACUUACAUAUUUUUAUCUGCAAAUCACGAAUCUAAAUAACAACUUGGUGCUCCAGUCUACUUUUGGAUAUGCAGUCACUUGUAAAAUGAUACCUUUUUUCACGAUCACAUGCCAUGGAUAUUUAUACUCGUAAAUGAACCACUACAUAAAUAGAGAACUAAAUUACAAAGAAAAAGGUGCCAUGAUGUGUAGAUCAUACAUAGAAGUAACUUUCUGAUACAAACUGGAAAAAAAAGCCAUCCCGAAAUAACUAUUUUCACAUGAACAUUCAGUAUACUUUUUCCUAUUCACUCUGUCCUCCAAACAUUCAUUAUGGAAUAUGGAAACAGUAUGAAAUGUGAAAGAGCUACAAUGUAAAAUUUCAGUCACAUGGAACACUAUCAUCUCAAUGGCAGACUUGAAAAUUUAUAGUAAGACACUUAUUACCUUAUAAGCACCUUUCUAGAUAACAUUAAAGAUGCAUCAGUUAGUUCAUUCAUAACGUUACAACUUUAUGUACCGACGAAACAAAUCUACUCAUGUGAAAGCAAUUGAAUUCAAAAUUAACUCUUAACGAAGGUUUGUAACUCAUGUGAAGAAGUUAUUUUCAGAUACAACUUUCAGAUACAGCUUUCAGUAGUUGAUACUUCUCCACGUAAUAUGGUAGCCAGUAAUUAAAAUCAAGUUAUUUUUUUUUCAAUGAAAGAUUGUGCAGUAAAUUUCGAAAAAAGCAUAUUGUUAAGAAAGAAUAUGAUGAAAUCACAAUCAACAGAAGAAAAUAUUACUCUCCAGCAGAUAAAAAUAAAUAAGUCUAAUUGAUUUUUUUUUAAAGUGCAGAAUAUGCCAACUUGGUUAGUCAAAUGCGCUUCAAGAAGAAUGUUAUGUAUCCGUUUAGGAACAGUGCUCGUUUUGGACUGUUUUGAGUUGUGAACUGAUAACAAAGAUGUUAAAAUAAAUGGAAACCUUUAAAAAAAGGAAAAUAUUGCUCAUCAAACGUUGACUUGAUAAGAUUCAAUUUGAUAAAAGAAUCCAAUUGAAAUUUCUUGUCAGUUAAGGAGUCAAUAUGAUAGUUCAGCUGACUGAAGUGUUACUGGAAGCCACAUUUUUAUUGGUAUCUUGAACCUGAAGUAUUGUGCUUUCUGCUCUAUCUUGAGCAGUAUGGUUUUUCAAAUUUUUAUCAAUAAUAAAACAUGGUAGACUAAUCUAGUCUAUGACUUGAACACGCAGCAAAACUGUAUAUGAAAGAAACGCAAACUUUCACACAAUUUUGUCAAAUUUUUUGUAAGUUUAUUUUAUACCUAUACUUUUGACUUUUGUUUGUAUAAUAUUGAGAUUGAGUCAUUAAAAAUUUGAGAAUUGAUUU